AUGAAGAAAGCCAGAAAAUUACAAGAUGUUGAGAAGGGAACAGCCAAAUAUGGUCCAACUAUUUUUGCUGAUUUGACAGAGGAUGAAUUCGGAGUGAGAUUAAAUUCUAAACCCUGGGAUUUAAGUAUCAGACCUAAAGAUAAUGCAGUUAUUCCUCAAGAUCCUGCACCUAAAGCUUGGGACUGGAGAGAUCAUGGUGUUGUCACUCCAGUUAAAAAUCAGGGAAGUUGUGGAUCUUGUUGGGCGUUCUCUACAACUGGUAAUGUAGAGGGACAAUGGGCUAUUAAAAAACAGAAAUUAGUCUCACUAUCAGAACAAGAACUAGUUGAUUGUGAUAAAGUAGAUCAAGGCUGUAAUGGUGGCCUCCCUUCACAGGCUUAUGAUGCUAUCAUGAAACUGGGUGGUUUAGAAACAGAGAAAGAAUAUGGUUAUAAGGGAUAUGAUGAGAAAUGUUUCUUCAAGAAAUCUGAUGUUGCUGCUAAAAUCAAUGGUUCUGUGAAGAUUUCAGAAAAUGAAGAUGAUAUGGCAGCAUGGUUAGCUAAGAAUGGUCCUAUUUCUAUUGGUAUUAAUGCCUUUGCUAUGCAGUUUUACAUGGGAGGUAUAGCUCAUCCAUGGAAGAUAUUCUGUAACCCUAAAAAACUAGAUCAUGGUGUGUUGAUAGUUGGUUAUGGUGUUGAAGGCAGUAAACCCUAUUGGAUAAUCAAGAACAGUUGGGGAGAAAGUUGGGGUGAGAAGGGAUAUUAUUUGUUGUAUAGAGGAGGUGGUGUUUGUGGUGUUAACACAAUGUGUACCUCCGCUACAGUUCCUUAA